AUGCAUUUUUGGGUCCAAUUAGAUCAUUACUAUGUCCAAGGAUUAGAAUCAAGUCAAGCGUCGCUUUGCUCGCGCCAUGCACCGCAUGCCACUUUUCGUCGAACUAUUUAUCAAGUGUCUGCGCCUGUCAUUCGCGCCCGACAGAAUCGGUGCGAGCCCCUCGUCGAUGCGUACGAGGCGUUCCGGAUCAAAGUGCGCCAGCAUAUCGCGCGUAUCAAGGUCGUCUGUAUGACGACGGACAAGGUUACGACGAGAACAAGCAAACAACUACAUGACCGCAAAUGCCGUAUUCGCCAAGCUCGUCCUGGUCAGUGGUAA